AAUAAACUAAUGUUAAUGUUGAUGCAUAGAUUGAACACCACAAUAGACGUAAACAUUAAAGAAAUACUGCCAAAAAGACUACCUAAAGUACAAGAUGAAGAACUUGCGUCACAAAAUAAAAAAAUAGUUGUUGAAAUAAAGAACUUGGAAUGGAACUCAGAGACAAAGGACUUGAUGGUAACAUGCAAUGCCAAAAUCAUUAAUAUCAACAACAAAUAUGAAUGGUAUUAUGUUGCAUGCCUUAUAUGCAAAACAAAAGUGAAACAAGUCAAAGGAGUUUUAUGGUGUGAACGUUGUAAAAAUGAACCAAAGUUUGCAGUACCAAGCUAUAGAAUACAAGUCCAAGUACAAGAUGAGACCGGGUCAACCACAUUCAUAUUGUUUGACAAAGGAGCUGAGAAAAUUAUAUCGAAAACUGCAAAAGAACUUGCAGAGAUGCAAGAAGAGAUCUUGAAAUUAGAUGAGAAUAUUUUACCAAAAGAGAUUCAAAAAAUCAUUGGCAAUGAAUAUUUGUUCCAACUGCAUCUUGAUGAAUAUAACUUGAAGUAUGGAAAAGAAAAUUACACGGUUUCGAAGAUUUUGGAGAUGGAAAUUUCACAUAAGCAAAAUGACUCAUGUAAAGUUGAGGAACAUCAGGACAUAGUGGAGGAAAUUGUAAGAAAACCAAAGAAGGAUAAGUACAUAGCCGGUCAAAAAAUAGAAAUAGGAGAAACAUCUGUUGAACGACCUGAAUUAACUGCUCCUAUAACUAUUGAAGAUGGAAGAACUGGUCAUAAAAGAAUGCCGCUGCAAAUGCUUCAAAAACGUCAAAAGGGUACUAAACAAAAUGAAUCAAAGAAAAAAAAAUCUGAACUCUAAUGUAUAUACUACCUUACUGAAUGUACAUAUUUUUCUUUAGAACUACCUUACUGAAUGUACGUAUGUUUCUUUAGAAGAGUAAAC